AAGAUGAGCACAUGUGGAAGGAAGGCCCUGACCCUGCUGAGCAGCGUCUUCGCCGUCUGUGGCCUGGGGCUCCUGGGCAUUGCUGUCAGCACGGACUACUGGCUGUAUCUGGAAGAGGGCGUGGUCCUGCCCCAGAACCAGAGCACCGAGGUCAAGAUGUCACUGCACUCGGGCCUCUGGCGGGUCUGCUUUCUUGCAGGUGAGGAGCGGGGACGCUGCUUCACCAUAGAAUAUGUGAUGCCCAUGAACACACAGCUGACGUCCGAGUCCACAGUCAACGUUCUAAAAAUGAUCCGCUCAGCCACCCCGUUCCCUCUGGUCAGCCUCUUCUUCAUGUUCAUUGGGUUCAUCCUGAGCAACAUCGGUCACAUCCGUCCCCACCGGACCAUACUGGCCUUCGUCUCUGGCAUCUUCUUUAUCCUCUCAGGCCUCUCACUCGUGGUGGGCCUGGUACUCUACAUCUCCAGCAUCAACGACGAGAUGCUCAACAGGACCAAGGACGCCGACUCCUAUUUCAACUACAAAUAUGGGUGGUCCUUUGCCUUUGCCGCCAUCUCCUUCCUUCUGACGGAGAGUGCGGGGGUGAUGUCCGUGUACUUGUUCAUGAAGAGGUAUACCGCUGAGGACCUGUACCGGCCUCAUCAUGGCUUCUACCGCCCACGCCUGAGCAACUGCUCCGAUUACUCGGGCCAGUUUCUGCACCCGGAUGCCUGGGUGCGUGGCCGCAGCCCUUCCGACAUCUCCAGCGACGCCUCCCUGCAGAUGAGCAGCAACUACCCAGCCUUGCUCAAAUGCCCCGACUAUGACCAGAUGUCCUCAUCUCCCUGCUGAGCAUAGGUCACCUGCCUCGCUGCACGGUGG